CCCUUUCUGAAUCGGAACCGAGCAGAGUUGAAUCGGAUAGGAAUGAAAAGAUUCUGAUCCUUACUUAAUCCUCUGGAUAAUCCAGUCUAACCAACUGCAGCGUUUUUGUCGCUUAAUCUCACUCUGGAAGAACAGCACGCGCUCCUCGAUCCAAAGAGGAGCCAUGGAGUUGUCGGGUUCCAUCGCCUGCCCCACGGCGGCUCAGGCGCGGCUGCUCCGGCCGCCGGCUGAUCUUCCCUGGCUCGCCUCGCCUCCUCAAAGGCGCAAUGUCCCUGCCUCUUCAGGAUACAUAUCUUGUAGGAGUUUUGCCGUGAGAAGCAAAGUGACCAAGGCGAUGCCUUCACUGAGUGUGAGCAUUCAGCCUGCAUUUCCUCAGCCAGUUACUCGGGCUACAUGGAAGAAGAAACACAAUGUUACAUGCUAUCAGAGACAAGGAGCUCCACAGAUAGAAGCCAAGUCAAUGGAGGAAGUAUAUGAUUCUUUGGCUGAGCACAUUCUUUCUGUCUUCAAGAGUAUCGAUAAUCUUGAUUCAAAAUAUAUUGUUGGUCUGGCUGGCCCACCUGGUGCAGGCAAGUCUACUGUUGCCUCUGAAGUGGUUCGACGCGUCAAUAUGCGUUGGUCUCAGAAGCAUACAAAAGAUAGUUCACUGAAUUCAAAUGAAGAUAUUGCGACAAUGCUUCCCAUGGAUGGUUUCCACCUUUAUCGAUCCCAGCUUGAUGCAAUGAAGGAUCCAAAAGAAGCACAUGCAAGAAGAGGAGCACCAUGGACAUUCAAUCCAUCACUUUUUCUGAAAUGCCUACAGACCCUAAAGGAAGAGGGGUCAGUCUAUGCUCCAUCAUUUGAUCAUGGUGUUGGUGACCCAGUCGAGAAUGACAUAUUUGUAAAGCCGCAGCACAAAAUAGUGAUCGUCGAGGGGAAUUAUUUAUUACUGGAAGAAGAUUUUUGGAGGGAAAUUAGAGACAUGUUCGAUGAGAAAUGGUUCAUUGACAUUGACAUUGAUGUCUCCAUGCAAAGAGUGCUCCAGAGGCAUAUUGGCACAGGGAAAGAGCCAGAUGUAGCAGCAUGGCGGAUUUCAUACAAUGACCGGCUGAAUGCUGAGCUUAUCAUGGAGUCAAAAAAGGCUGCAGAUCUUGUAAUCAGAUCUGUGGACUACUGAAGCUAGACCCCAUGUUUCUGAUGGCAAUUUUGAUUUUCGAUUUCGUACAAUGACCGCCCGAAUGCUGGGCUUAUCAUGGAGUCAAAAAGGACUGCAGAUCUUGUGAUCAGAUCGAUGGACUACUCAAGCUAGACCCCAUGUUUCUGAUGGCAAUUUUGAUUUUCGGUAAUAAUAGUUGCCCUAUGGCGAUGUUUGUACAUAGAAUAAGUCAGCUGGCUGUUUCCAUCCGUGUUGAUUUAGCGCAUAGAAUAAGGUAUGCCCCCAUCAAUUUGUUCUUGAGGAAGAACUCAAUAAAUGACACUCUUCAAGUAUCUAAUCAUUAUAUCAUUUUAUUUUAACAUUCCUAUUUGUAACAUUCCUGUUUGUAUACAGUUCUGAAUCCAUAAAGCUACAGUGAUAAUAAAUGGCUGUAGUUUGCAAA